AUGGAUGCCGUUGAAACCGACGAGUAUAAUCUGCAGGAUGCAUGGGACCGAGUGUGUACAUCGUUUGCGCAGACGACCAAAGUCGACCUGACCGCAUCGCCUAAAUUCUCUGUCGACGAGGUCCUGGAUCAAAUCAGGGGCAAGCAAGAAGACGACGAUGAGCGAAACAACAAGUACAAAACGGCAAAGGAUGUCAUCGGCAAGACCCUGAAGUUCGUGAUGCUCCUAGGCGGAAUUGCCGCCCAGGGCGCAAGCAUGGUUUUUGCGCCCAGCAGCCUGUGCUUCAAUGCAAUUUCAUACCUCAUCAACACAGGCGCCAAAUACAAGCGCAUCUUCAGCAGUCUGACCGAAUUGUUCAGACGGAUCUCCGACGUGCUGGAGCGAUGCAAAAUCUAUCUGCGUUUGCCUGCAAACGCUGUUGACGUUUCUCUUCGUAAGAUCAUCAACGAGGAACUGGUUUGCUUUGUUGAUAUAUGUGCACUCUCGAUCAAGGUGCUGAAGGGCCACAAGGUCUUUACUGCACUCAAAGUGUUUGCCUUUGACAGCGAUGAAGGUGUCAGCGGACAGUUGGCCCGCCUGGCUUCGCUGGUGGAGCGCGAGUCUCAAAUGCGAGGCACUCUCGGGUUUGAAUCCCAGAAGACAACUGAAAGGGGAGUCAUCGAAACUAGAGAUGGUACUCGAAAGAUCAACACCACGGUAGACAAGCUCCUCAGUUUUGAAAAGAAGAGAGACGCAGACACUGCCACAAGAAAGCUUCUGGAUAGUAUUGACUCCAGCCUUGAUAACCCAAGUGAGGCUUUCAAGACUACACAGCUCGUCUACAAACGUCUGUUGAAUGAUCAGGUCCAGGGGAGCGGAGAGUGGCUUGAAAGCGACCCAUCAUUCACGAGUUGGGCAUCUACAGAAGAAUCUCCUUUGUCGGUUCUCGGUAUUUCCGGGGGCGAAGGGUACGGAAAGUCAUUCCUGUUUGCGACCAUCAUACGCAAACUACUGGAAGCUCACUCCCACCCUGGGGAUGAUCUGACCUGCACAUCGAUCGGCUACUACAUUUUCCAAGAAGAGAAAAAGACAUCCUCAUUGGCUCAGGCUCUCAAAGUUCUGGCCUGGCAGAUCGCCAACAAAGAUAUUGUUUAUCGCAAAGAUCUUGGCUCUGCUAAAACAGAGGGAAUCAACCAAGUCAGAGAUUUGUGGGAUGCACUGUUUGCAAAGUCUUACAAGAGUGACUCAACCUUCUUCCUUUUGAUGGAUGGGGUAGACCAGGCGGACAAGAAGCAGCUCAAAGAGCUCGUGCAUCUUUUGGCUGAGAUACAGAAGGAGAUGCAGAUGAAAUCUGCUGCUUGGCCUCAGUUCAAGCUCCGCAUCGUUCUAUCGGGCCGCGACGAGACCAUCGCGAAGAUCAAAGGACACGUGGGAGACGGAAUCUCCGUCAUUGAUGUGGCUUCCAAGAACAGUGAUGACAUACAAAAGUUCAUCAUCGAGCGAAUGAACAAAAUGGAGAUCUUCAGUGGUCAGUCAGACCAAGUGCUUUCGCUGCGUCGGGAGAUUCUUGAAAAUCUUACCACCCAAACUCGGGGCGAUUUUGUCAAUGUUGGAUUGCUUCUGCACGAGAUCAGCGGCAAACAACGACCUGGCGAGAUCAGGGACAUUCUGUCUCGGUCGGGGGGUAACAGAUCCGACACAAUCGUGCGUAAGAUCGAGCAGUUAAACGAGACGCUCAGUGACGAUGAUAUUUCGGACUUGAAUAUUCUGUUGACUUGGGUGGUGUUCUCCAUUCGAGACCUAACACUCGAGGAGCUCGAAUCAGUACUCACCCUGCGAACGGGAGAAUCAUCCCUCCGCCCCCUGGCAGAUAAGAUCACGGAUCAAUAUUCGUCGCUGUUCACGAUAAAGGGUGAGCCGCACCCAACCACGAAAGUGAUCCCGAUCACCUCUCGUGUGACACUCGUCUCCGACUCCAUCGAGGGAUUCUUGCGGACCAGAAGUGAAUCAGAGUCUAUCGAAGACUCCCAGGAGCUGACCCUGAGUGGGGAUGUCAGCGAGGCUGAGGUUAGAAUCGUCCGCCGCUUCCUCGAAUCCGUUUGCGACCCCAGACUGUUUGGAAAAUUCGGCUUUGAUGAAUUCUUCCAGCGAAAGCUCAAGGGCAAGACUGCUCGUGUCGGAGUUGACAUUGAGACUGCCCAUUUGAGAAUCUUGGCAACGUGCUUGGAAGCAAUCCGCUCCCAAGACUCGCCACAUCUCGCCGCUCUUGUUCGCUAUGCAUCUGUUUAUUUCCCAGAGCAUCUCAAACAAGCAGAUCCAUCUCUCACACAGCCCCAGCACAAAACUGCACUGGGACCGCAGUUGGUCAGCCUCUUCACGGACGCGAAGAUUAUCAGAGAAUGGUGGACGCCAAAUAACCCUUGGCCGCGAUUCGAUUGGAUUUAUAGUGAUGGGUAUGCCGAAGUUUCGUUGAAAUGGCUGCAAGACUCUGCCGUGACUAAGAAUCUUUCCGAUGAAGAAAGUAAAUGGGUGAAGAGUCUGAGUUCAAAGUCAGAGCCCGAUGCGGACAUCCUGGAGCAUAUUGCUCGAUCUGUGGCUGAAGCAUGGCUUCAAUUGGGUGCGUACGAUGUCGCAGAAUCGUUCGCAGCAGUUCAUGGAUAUAUCACCAAGAUUGAAAACCGCAAGAAUCCCGAGAUCAAACGAUCAACAGAAGACCCCAAGGCCGAAGAACUCGACGCCUCCCAGAUUCUAGAGGCAGCAGAGUGGGCCCGCAAGAAACUUGGGCUCGAAAGCUUUGGUUAUGAAGAGAACCGUAAUUUAGCACGUACUCUGAGAGAGUACGCCAAGCACGAUGAAGCCACUGAACGGUUCAAGCUUGCCUCUUCGCUUGAAAAGUACAACUGGUUCUCACAGUGGGGUCUUGCCACCUGUUAUGCCUACCAGAAAGAAUACGCCCUCGCCAUCGAGACAGUGCAGGAUGCCAUCAACACGAUCCGAAGUGGUGAUGUGACAGAAGAUUAUGAAACACUACCAGAGCUGGAUCGCGACUUGGCCAAGUGGAACGAAGAGGCUGGCGAUAGCGCCACAGCGUUCGCUAUCUAUGAAAAGGUCAUUCGCGAAAAUCCCGACGACUAUGACGCAGCUUUGGAUAUGAUGCUUUUGUUCCAUAAGGACAAGCACUAUGAAGGGCUGCUCGCAUUUUUGGAAUCGCUUAAGAGCACCACGGAUGAACGCACCGGCCUCGAUCGCCGAACCACUGCAUUCCACGUGCACUACGCCAAUGAAGAAUACCACAGUGCACUGUUUGCACUCGUUUCCGAUGGCAAGGGCUUCGAUACAAUCUAUCAAAGCUAUGAGAUGGCAAUCACUGCCGCUCGGGAGCGUCUGGCCGAAGGAAGAGAAAAGGGUGAUACCGACGAAGAGAACUUCGCUAGUGCUUGUCUCGCCCUUCUGAUGCACAACCUCGCAUUACUUUGCUACGAGAACGGCGCAGACGACAUUGAACGCCGGGAAUUCGCCAUCGACCAGUGGGUGCGCAUUCUGCAGAUACAAGAAAUAUCGGAUGAGUCGUAUCUCACGGUCGCGAAAUCCUAUGUUCGUCCAAAGCUUGCAAAGGUCUGCUUCAAGGAAGCAAUCCGGGAUCCAGCCAAUGGUUCAGCCUACUUGGAACAACUCGAACAGCUUGCUGCAAUCACUGCUGCUGAUGGUGAUGGCAUCGGCCAAUCUGGCACUUACCCGUCAGAACUACUUGCGUCGUACCACGCCUUGCAGGGUAACGACCAAAAGGCCAAGGAUGCGGUCCGCACUCACGUCAAACGCAACAUUGAUAUUUUAUCCGACGAUGACCCUCUCAAUGAUUGGCGAGGAUAUCGAGGCUUGGCACGAUACUUCAUGUCUGCUGGGCAUGAUGCAGACGCUCUCGCUGCAUGGUCUUUGAUUGUUCCUCAUGAUGACGUAGACACCAACUCCGAUUCGUUGGAUUCACCAUCAGUCCCGAAGCCCAAGGGACCUUUGACAGAUAUUUGUGACGGCGAGUGUGACACUGAAUGGCAAUACGCGGACGACAUUUAUGUUUGCCGGGAGUGCGACUAUCUCGAGUUGGAUCUUGGGUGCUUGAAUAAGCUCCAGAAUGGAGAUCUUGAACCUCAUAUUUGCGGCAAAGAUCACAAGAUGCUCCAUGUUCCAUCGUAUGAUCCGGCCCGCGGCAAGGAGAUUGGCGAAGGAAAUGUGGCGGUCGGAGAGGAGAUUAUCUCUGUGGCAGAUUGGCUGCAACGCAUCAGGGAGCAGUGGGGUAUUCGAGCUUGA